CUUUCCGUGGCAUUUCUUUCUUUAAAUUGAAACCAAAGUCGGUUGAAAAGUUGACGGCCACUCUGGGCUGUCAAAAUAGGACAGUAUCUUUGACCACGGUUAUUCUUAUUCCGACGCCCCAGCCUUGAACGCGCCGCGCUCGGCUCGGAGAAGGCGAGUCGGAGACGGAGAAGGCACCCUAAGCUCUAAGAUUGAGGUGUGGCCUGUAGCCUGUAUCGGCAGCCAUUGUGUUCGGUGACGAGUCUGAGUGUUAAUCAGAGGGUCUGCUCAGAUGCUUUCAAUUGACUGAAAAGUACCACUUCCUUGCAUUUUCUCGAUGGACCAUCUUGCCCGCCUUUUUGGGAAUUGUGCUUCUGGAAAUGCCUCUACGUCAGAAUUCAUGGCAGCCAUUAGGAAGAAAUUGGUUAUAGUAGGUGAUGGUGCCUGUGGUAAGACAUGUCUUCUCAUAGUAUUCAGCAAGGACCAGUUCCCUGAGGUCUACGUACCAACUGUAUUUGAAAACUAUGUCGCCGACAUUGAAGUGGAUGGGAAACAGGUGGAGCUGGCCCUUUGGGAUACAGCUGGUCAAGAAGAUUAUGACAGACUGCGACCACUUUCAUAUCCAGACACAGAUGUCAUUCUCAUGUGCUUCUCCAUUGAUUCACCUGAUUCAUUAGAGAACAUUCCUGAGAAAUGGACACCAGAAGUGAAGCAUUUCUGCCCCAAUGUGCCCAUUAUCCUUGUUGGAAACAAAAAGGAUUUGAGGAAUGACCCUAACACAAUAAAAGAGCUAGGAAAAAUGAAGCAAGAGCCUGUGAAGCCAGAGGAAGGUCGUAACAUGGCUGAAAAGAUCAAUGCGUUUGCUUACUUGGAAUGCUCUGCCAAGAGCAAGGAGGGUGUUCGUGAAGUAUUUGAGACUGCAACUAGAGCUGCUCUUCAGGUUAAGAAGAAGAAGAAGGGACGGUGUAGGCUGUUGUAAGGCACUUCAUUUUUCCUCCUCUUAAACAAUACGAGAGAAGAGUAGGCCAUGCGAUUGCCAAUAGCCUGCCCUGCUGUCUGCUGUGCGGCUUGCUCUUGUUGAGCAUACUUCCUGCCCGAAGGUUUGAGGCAGCCAAUGUAUGGAGUUCAAGCAGUUGCAACCAGACAUACAUAACAUCAUCAUAAAUUCUUUUGAUUUGUAUAUUAUUAUUAUUAUUAUUAUUGAUUUUUAUUCUAAAGCUCCAAGAAUCAAUUUGAAGCUUCAUCUAUAGUUUAGUCAAUGAUUCAUCGGAAAGAGACCCUGAUAUUUGUUAAAUAUCACAUAGCAAUUAAUUUCAUCUGUAUUGUAUGAAAAAAGUUAGGUUAGACAGAAAAAUUGAACAAAAUUGUUAACUUUUAGCAGCCCCAUGUUUGUUUAGCUGCUGUGAUGGACUGCUAUUUGUCUGGUAGGUGCUGUAUAUCUGAGUUUUUAAUUUUGCCUUGUUUGUCAGAAAAGCUUACUUUGCGGUUAACAGUAUGAUAACUAUGAGUAAAUGGUUUUACAUUUGUUUGUACUCUAAUUGUAAUUAAAACAAAUAUUUAUAUUUAAAGUUUAUCAUUUUCCUAUGACUCAUUAGUGGACUUGUCUCUACCAACUGAGUGUUAGUAUUGAUGAUUCACAAUUAUUCAGUGCUGACUGACUGUCACCUUCUUAGCCUCUCGCCCAUAAGGGAUCUUUUCCUCCUCUUUUUGGAUCAGUUUUCUCAUGAAAUUACCUAAAAUUGCAGGCAAGGUUCUAGUUAUUAGUCACAUCAGUUUUAUGGACAUGGAACUUCAUGGUUCAAAGAGCUCCUUUCAUGAAUAUGUAAGAAAGAUCGUAUAAAUUAUUUGAACACCAGUUUCUUUUCUAUUGGCAGUAUUGAUGGAUGUUGGAAAACUGCGCCAUUGAAACUUUCAUGAAGAACUUGUUUGACAGCCAGAAGUUAAAGAAUUGCUUGCCGAUUUAUUUUUGUAUUUAAAAUAAUUGAGUCAAGUGUCUGUGUUCUGAAUGUUUUUAAUUUUUAUACUGUAUAUAUUCAGAAGUUUCCUUAUUUUAUUAUUGAACAUGAUGAAAAGGCCAACUGGUGUGGCAUUGAGUAAUUCUGUUUUGUGUGAAUUCAACUGUGUCUAUGCUCUUAAUUCAAAGUUCUGUGUCAACUGCAAAGCACAAUUUAUUCCGCUUGAAGUAAUGCUUUUUCUUUUUUUACAAUGAUAUACAAUUACAAACUUUCAAUGAUACAAUUUUGCGACCUGUGUACGCAGAUGUCGACCACUGUACAUAAAUUGUUUUACCUUCCAAAGUAAUUAUUCAAGAGAAUUUCUUGUGGGAGAUCACCUCUUAUUUAUAACCUUCAACUGUCUUGUCAUGUAACUUUUUAUAUUUAUUCAUGUGGAGACACUCGCCCAUAUUUGCUUUGGUCCAUGUAGUAUUGUGGUAAGGGAGUAAGGUGCAGUAUCUUUGAAACUAUUAGCUAUGUGUUUUUAACUGCACGGUGUAGCAGUGAGACUUGCAGCUAUUACUAUUUGGUAUGACUUCAUCAAAUAAAUUGGGAAUUUUGUACAUGAAAA